AUGAGUUUAACUCGUUUAUUGAAUCGCAAUAAAAGAUUCCUGAUAUUCUUAUUUCUGGUCUAUGCUAUCAUAUGGCUGGUGUUCGGGAAUAUAAGAAAAUCAUCAGAGAUUCGCGAAGUUCAAAGAGCAAAUCGAUAUAAAUAUCGAUCCAACUCGACGUUUUACUAUCUAAUUAGUCAAUUAUAUCAAAUGAGCUUUAAUAUUAUUUUAAUCGAUCCAAGUGCGUUGAAUCGACUAUUUAUCGAUCACAUAUCAUUGGACGAACUUAACGAACAGUUAGUAACAUUUGCUGUUUUCGACCAAUCGGUUCAGCGAUUACUGCAAACACUUCAACAAAUGUCCCAUUUCUCUAUACAGACAUCAGCAACCACUCUCGCAAAUCAUCGGAUGUCCAUUGAUCAUAUUUUUAUCACAUAUCAACAGAAAAUCCUUCAUCUAGCCGUUCUACACAAAUAUUACUCGUUCUACCUUGUCCAACCCAAUCAUCUUCGAUUCUCUGAUGACGACAAUGUUCAACUACCUUUUGGUGACAAACUACGUGCUGUUGAUCAUAUUGACACCGAAUUUCACGAGUAUUUGUUUUACCACCCACGGAAUGUGUCGCAUUUUUUGUGGUUGUACAAAACAUCGGAAUUUCUUCACUGCAAUCGAGCAUUGGCAAAUAGAAUGCAAAACAAGUAUCACUUAUAUCAGAAUGGCACAAAGUACAACAGUACUGUUGAGCCAAUCUUACAUGUUAUCCAUACACUUGAUAAACUCGAAAAACGCUAUUGGCUAGCUGGUGGAGCUCUGCUAGGUUGGUAUCGACAUUGUGGUGUAAUCCCAUUUACACAAGAUACAGAUAUUGGAUUAUAUGCUGAAGAAUAUGACGAAAGUAUACGGAAUCAUUUUCUCGGAAAUCCUGUUAUUCCUCUUUGGAGUGCAUUAGGAUUUGUCAACGAUUCACUUGAGUUUCGUCUGUACUCAGGCCGUUAUACAAUCGAUCUAUUCUGGGCGUAUCGUGAGCAUAACCAUCGAUGACGUACUCUUCCACUACUCGGAAAGCUCUGUUCAUGUAAUCUUUUUGGUCAUCGAUUCUCAGUUCCAUGUUCGCCUGUGGGGUAUCUCAAUAUCGAAUAUGCAAAUAAUUCAUGGAAAACUCCUCUCGAAAAAACCUAUAAAUGGGCCAAUAUGAAAUAUCAUUCGACAUGGAAUGAUAUAUCGUGGAUGUAUGCAGUACGUUUAUAUACGCGACAGGGAAAACUUCGAACAGAUAAAUUCGCAAUGGAUUGGAUACUGAAUCAUUUCAACUACAGUCUUACGGAAAUUCCUUCUUUUCUUAAUGCUCUACCCAAUGAAACAGUAACGCUUCCACCUCCGAAAGCUUUGCAUACAACAAUCCCAGCACUACAGCGAACAAGUUUGCCGAACAAAACUGAGUUAACGAGGGAAAAAUCGCUUCUUGAUAUUAUAUCAGGCUAG